GUAAAAUAAGAAUCUUCUAAGAAAGUGUCAGAAACGAAGCAAUGGAUGUAACAACAGGCGAGGUAUUGCCGGUGGAGGCGGCGGCGAACGCCGUCGUGACGGUUGAGGAGGAGCAGAUUCAAAGGGAUAAUGGCAGAGAGAGGGAGACGCCUCCAGAGGAUGAUUGUUGCCCGAUCUGUUUCAGCUCCUUCACGGUCCCGUGUCGAGGGAACUGCGGCCAUUGGUAUUGCGGAAGCUGCAUCUUGCAGUACUGGAACUAUGCUGCGGUGUCUAAGCCCUGUAAGUGUCCUAUGUGUGUUCGACACAUCACUACGCUGUUACCAGAAGCGUCCUUGCAAGAGCGGCAAGAGCAAGAGGUGAAGGAGGUUCUUGCUAAGAUCCGUAGGUAUAACCGUCUCUUUGUUGGAGGCUUAACUGGCUUUCUUCAGAAGUUUAAGGAGCUGCCUUUGCUGAUAAAGAGAAUGGUGUGGCGCAUGAUGGAUCCGGAUACAAACUCUAUGUAUUUUCACGAAGUUCGCAUCUUUGCAAUGUUGAUGAGUACCCUUUACACUGCGGCAGAGUUUAGCUUCAUCCCAACGGCGCUCCUUGAUGCUGCCCCGUUUUGUACAGGAGGGUUCAGAAUAGUGACGGUGUUCGACUACGGUGCCAUUGCAAUGAUCCUGAUUCUGCGCGUGGUGGGGCUUUAUCGGAGGAGGCGACUUGCUCAGCGUGUUAGGCAUAUUGCAGCUGCAGAACUUGAACCAGAAUAGAGAAGAUCAAAGGAAAGCUUUGACAUGCGAAAUGAAUGUAUUGUCCUGUGAAGAAGAAAGGGUCUGUUCAUUGUAGGUUUGGUAGAUCAUACUGUCAAUAAGCAAUAUCAUUGUAAAGUAUAUGUGCUAUCCACCAAAACUUGAACCACUCGGAAGAAAUUGAAAUGCAAUCUUUUAUAGAA